UCGCAGUUGUUUCUCUAUCACUCAAAACAUUCUUCUUGCGAGCGCCGCCGCGAGAGGAGACAUGGCGGCCGCGCUCGUGCCGGAGACGGCGCAGCGGCUGCUGACGCCGGAGACCCUUCGCACGGCGGCCAAGCAGUCCCAGGGAAUACACCUCGUCCCCCUCUCCCUCCGCCGCGCCAUCAAGCGCUACCUCCGCGACCAAGACAAGGCGCACAUGAACCGCAAGGUGCUUCUGCUCUCGGCAUCCUUCGACCGCGCCAAGGGAACCGGCGCCGAGCUCGCCGCGGCUGCCACCCGCGGCGCGCUCCUCGACGACCCAAACGCGCCCUCGGGCGCCGAGCAGCGGGCGGCGCGCUGGAAGGUGAGGUCCGCGUACGGCGAUAUCGGCCUCCGGUACCGCGAGGACGAGACAGUCGCCUACGUCGCGUCACGCAUGCCCGCCAUCUACGCCGCAUGCCACCGCGUACUGCGCGAGGUUCGACGGAGGUUGCCAGAGUUUGCGCCUGCCAAGGUGUUGGAUUUUGGUGCCGGGCCAAGCUCAGCGCUUUGGGCAAUGAGGGCAGUGUGGCCAAAAUCAAUAGAGCGGGUUAACCUGGUCGAGCCUUCCAAGGAAAUGCAGAGAGCAGGGCAGAGUCUACUUGACAAUUUGAAGGGGUUGCCACUCAUCCACAGCUAUGAUAGCAUCCAAGAGUUGAACCGCAACAUAGAAAAACAUGAGCGAGGGCAUGAUCUUGUAAUAUCGUCUUACGCACUUGGAGAGAUUCCUUCUUUGAGCGACCGAAUAACAAUAGUGCGCCAGCUUUGGGACCUCACAAGUGAUGUAUUGGUUUUGUUAGAGCCUGGAACACCCCAAGGAGCAAAGAUUAUAAGUCAAAUGCGCUCUUAUAUCCUUUGGAUGGAAAAGAGAAAGUGUCGCAAAUCUGAGAAAUCCUCAAGCCGUCCUCCAAGUAAUGUGAAGAGCAUCGUUGCUCACGAAGCCUCAUUGAAAAAUGGGUCUUUUGUGGUUGCCCCUUGUCCCCAUGACGGUCAAUGUCCAUUGGAGAAUUCAGACAAAUACUGCCACUUUGUCCAGAGAUUAGAGAGGACUUCAUCUCAGCGUGCCUACAAGAGGUCAAAAGGUGUGCCUUUACGUGGUUUUGAGGAUGAAAAAUUUUGCUAUGUUGCUUUAAGAAGGGGCAAACGACCAGAGGAAGCUUGGCCACUUGAUGGCAUGAAAUUUGAGACGCUCAAAGAACGCCGUGCUAAGAGAAAACCAGAAGAUCUUAGCAUUGAUUAUGACGAUCAAUUUCCAAGUGAGCAAGAUGAAGAGGUUCCUAACGAUGGUGGGGACAGUCUGGUACCAUAUGCUUCAGAUGAACACGAAUUAAGUUUGUUCCAUGACAGUGAAGAAGCGGAGGAGGAGGAGCAAACGAUUCGUGCUGACCUUGGAGGAGGUUGGGGCCGGAUUAUAUACAGUCCCAUCCGAAGAGGGAAGCAAGUACAGAUGGAUGUAUGUCGGUCCACCAAACGGGACGCAUCCGAAGGCGCGUUUGAGCGUGUAGUUGUCACCCGGAGCAAGAACCCUACCUUGCAUUUUCAGGCCCGCAGGUCACUUUGGGGCGACCUCUGGCCAUUUUAAGCAGUAGAAUCGCCAGGCUUGGUUAGAGCCGAUGGGAGCUCUGAAACUGUUCAGCAUUGGAUUCACUGGGUGAAAACCUUAUGCGGUUUUAGUGACUGUUGUGCCGGAACUAAUACCAAUGUGCUCUAUAACAGAUAUAUAUUGCCGGAAAAAUCUCUUUUGAAACUAUGGGUAUCA